CGGACCUUACCGCUGUUCGAGCCUACGCUAGGCAACUGCAGGCUGUAUUGUGUACAUUAUCUGUAAUUCUACUAAUAUUACAGUAUUUUAUAGAUAUCAAUAUUUAUAUGUCAUUAGUUGCACAGAAUAGAAUAAACAGGGGUUAAUGUUUGUUUGUGUUUUACGCACGGCUUGAACGUAAACGUCAGGACUCACAUGGAGUGAAACUAGCUGGUUAUUGAACGCGCUUUUCCAUCAGAUAGUCAUUCGACGAGGUGUUCUUUCACACCAUGAGCCAGUGCCAAUGACCUUUCACAAGUAGUGACCAUGAAGGUGCAUAAAGUGUCCUCUCGCUCCAAACAUGAGCAUCGAAAUGCCUCAAAGCGGCACCUGAAAAGCAAGUGGCGCACCCAAGGGAAGAAACUCCGUCUCUCGGACCCCUCCGACCACAGCCCAAAGCCUUCGACUGCAAAGUUUGAGAAUGCGCUUGCUAACAGACAACAGAAGCCCAAAGUGAAACGGUUACAGAAGACGUACACCAAGGCCACGACUGUAACAUCCGAAGAUGGACAUUUAUUACAGGCUAAAGCCCGAGCUGUGUCUUCGCCCUUCCCUCACGUCCACACCAACGGAGGCGCAGAGCUGGAGAUGGGGAGCGACUCUGAGGACUCGCAGGAUUGGAGAUCGUACGCCAACAGCGUUCUUCAGAAUGGUUUGGAGAGAGACAGAGGUGAAGGGAACUCAGUUUUGAAUCAGUUGGAGGAAGGGGAGGGGAUGGAGUACCACACCCAGUAUGACCGCUCCCAGAACCACACAGUGUUAGUCCUGAAGCAAGGCCAGUCGUUGUGUUUCCGAGGGAAGUGCCUGCUUACGUGCCUGAGUGGUCGUGUCGAAGUGAUGGGCUUCACCAUCGAGCAGGGCCAGCAGCCUUAUCCGCUCUUCUCGCCGUCGUCUCACUGCCCCCUCACCAUAAGGGCCAUGGCCGACUGCACAGCUUCAUCCAAGAGCAGGAAGGAAAGCCGACUGGAGUCCAAGGCCAUCGUUCGCAAAUACCUCUUGUCAGAGCCUCGGAAGAGACUCCUGAGCGAGGUGGAUGCGGACUCAUGUGUGGUGCUGCUUCAGCCACUGGACACACCACUCACGCGCGUCUUCGGCAGCUUCAGCGAACUCAGCCACCUCUUUGGGCUCAACUGGAAGGAGCUGUGCUCUCAGGCUGAAGUACACAACCCAGCUCUCUCAAGCGUGGGCGUUACAGCGCUACAGGGUUCCUGUGCACGUGGCCUGGUGGUAUCUGACAGCUAUAAAGCAACCCUCAGCAGCCUGCUCACUGCUUGGGAAGGGGAUUAUGAUCGCUGUCCUGUUAUUCUUGUGUGUGGAGCCAAAAACUCUGGAAAGUCGACCUUCAACAGACAUCUCAUCAACAGCCUGCUGAACCUCACUGCAAGCGUGGAGUAUUUGGAGUGCGACCUUGGUCAGACUGAGUUCACGCCUCCCGGGUGUCUCUCCUUAAUCACAGUGACCGAGCCACUGUUAGGCCCUCCAUUUACACACCAGCGCGAGCCGGAGCACAUGGUGUUUUAUGGACAAGCAGACUGCCAGGCUGAUCUAGACCGCUACCUGGACUCGCUUAAAUCCCUGUGGAGACACUACAGCGGAGAGAACCCAGUCAUCAUUAACACUAUGGGAUGGGUCAAAGGUCAUGGCUUCCAGGUUCUGGUGGACCUCAUCCGCCUUUUCUCCGUCACCCACGUGGUGCAACUGAGCUACGGCGACACGCCCCAGUGCCAUACUCUCACCCCCGACUUCAUGCGCUCUGCCUGCGGCUGGCACACGCAUCCUCCCGCGCAGUCGGCCAUGCCAGAGGAACCGGCCAAUCAGCUUGCAGCGCAUGGUCACACGCUUCUCAGCAUCCACUCUGAAUUUGAAGGAGCCGGCACCUCUGGAGAAAUGCGUCACCAGCGCAGUAACGAGCUGCGCGACCUGGCUUUGCUGGGUUACUUCAGCCAGCUCCAGUCUACAGAACCCGGCCCCGUCCGCCCCCUGCACUGCUUUACCCCAUACCAGGUGCCCCAAUCUGCUAUAGCUCUUGGAGUUACACAUUGUGACGUGGCACCCAACCACAUCCUGUAUGCUGCCAAUGCCAGUUUAGUGGCUCUGUGCUGUCUGAAUGAAAAAGUAGCAGGGAGAGGGGGACCCGUGCUGCUGUCUCAAACGCCCAUCUGUCAGUGUGUGGGCUUAGGUGUCCUCAGAGGGGUGGACAUGGCUCGAGGGCUCUACUUUCUAGUCACCCCAGUGCCUCCUGCCACCCUGAGGCAGGUCAACUGCCUGCUACUAGGGGAGAUCACACUGCCUAAAAUCCUCCUCACUGUCCAGCAUGGGGUUGAAACGGAGCUCCCUUAUGUUACCACAGAUUACAGCUUCGAGAUCACCGGCGCAGGAAAAGUCCACGUUUUCAAAGGGCUCAGUAGACCCAGUCUUGUCAAAGCUAAAACGAAUAACUAAGCUCUCAUUUAUGGACUUCUUUUUCAGCGGAUGACGUUUGUAUCACUGUAAUUGUUUUAUAUACCAAAUAAAGAGGCUACAGCUGCCACCGAAUGUACAGAA